AUGGCGGACGAAGCAGGAUCAGCCGCGCCCGGAGAGGCAGCCAAGACAUAUCUCGACGAAGUUACUGGUGAACAGGUUUCCAAGUCCGAAUUGAAGAAGCGCCAGAAGGCACGUCAAAAGGAGGAAGAGAAGCAGAAGAAGGCGGCUGCUGCACCACCGAAGCCUAUCGCAGUGAAGAAGAGCAAUGCCGAAGCUGAUGAGAAGGAGUUGAAUCCAAAUCAAUAUUUCGAGAUUCGAUCCCGUACCAUCAACAAGCUGCGACAGACCAAGAACCCCAACCCAUACCCGCACAAGUUCCAUGUCAACUAUGACCUCCGGAACUUCGUCAAGGACUAUGACUCUCUCAAGUCGGGCGAGUCGCGCAAGGAUGUCGAGAUUCGAGUUGGAGGUAGAAUCUACAACAAGCGUGCGUCAGGAAACAAGUUAGUCUUCUAUGACAUUAGAACCGAGGGGGUUAAGGUACAAGUUAUGUGCCAGCUUCAGGAAGCCAAGGAGGGGGGUGUGCCGUUCGAGCAACAGCAUGAGCACCUGCGACGAGGCGACAUCAUUGGCAUAGUUGGUUACCCCGGACGAACUGCGCCCAAGUCCAAGAUCGAGAAGGGCGAGCAAGGAGAACUGUCUAUCUUUGCGACGGAGAUUAUCCUUCUCACGCCUUGUUUGCAUCAACUUCCGGACGAGUACUAUGGCUUCAAGGACCAGGAACAGAGACAUCGCAAGAGAUAUUUGGACCUGAUCAUGAACGAGCCCACGCGCAAUGUCUUCGUCACUCGAUCCAAGAUGAUCAGCUACAUCCGCAAGUAUUUCGAUGAGAAGGAUUUCGUCGAAGUAGAGACUCCUAUGAUGAACCCUAUUGCUGGAGGAGCAACCGCAAAGCCUUUCAUCACUCACCACAACGAUCUCAAUAUGGAUAUGUUCAUGCGUGUGGCUCCCGAACUGUACCUCAAGAUGUUGGUCGUAGGAGGUCUGAACCGUGUUUAUGAAAUGGGACGUCAAUUCCGAAAUGAAGGUAUUGAUUUGACGCACAACCCGGAGUUCACAACCUGUGAAUUCUACAUGGCUUACGCAGAUGUCUACGAUAUCAUGGACAUGACCGAGGAACUCGUUUCAGGGCUCGUGAAGCAUGUCACUGGCAGUACCGUGACCAAGUUCCACACUCAACACGGUGAGGAAUACGAAGUAAACUGGGCCGCCCCCUGGCGACGAGUCGAAAUGAUCCCCGCGCUCGAAGAAGCCACCGGCGAGAAGUUCCCACCGGGAGAUCAACUACACACAGCUGAGAGCAACGAGUUCUUCAAGCGUGUGCUCAAGAAGAUGAACCUCGAAUGCGCACCGCCUCUUACCAACGCGCGCAUGCUCGACAAGCUGGUGGGCGAAUUUAUCGAAGAGACCUGCGUGAACCCGACUUUCAUUACGGGACACCCGCAAAUGAUGAGCCCUCUCGCCAAGUACCACCGCUCCAACCCCGGUCUCUGUGAACGUUUCGAGGCUUUCGUCUGCAAGAAGGAGAUUGUGAACGCGUAUACCGAGUUGAACGAUCCGUUCGACCAGAGACUUAGAUUCGAAGAGCAAGCCCGGCAGAAGGAUCAGGGUGAUGACGAGGCUCAGAUGAUUGAUGAGAACUUCUGUCAAAGUCUGGAGUUUGGUCUGCCACCCACUGGAGGCUGGGGAAUGGGAAUCGAUCGGUUGGUGAUGUUCUUGACGGAUAAUUAUAGCAUCAAGGAGGUCCUGGCCUUCCCCUUCAUGAAGGAUGAUUCGACCAAGCCAAAGGAGAAGUUGGCGGCGGAGGUGGAGGAUGUCAAGCCUGUUCCUGAGGAGGGCAUUCGUAAGUAG